GUCCAGCUGGAGCAGUGAUGGGGAAAAAUAAAGCUGUAAACCUCCCUUUGCACAAAUGUGACUUGUGUGAGUUUGCUACAAAAAAUAUCUACAUUUUCAAGCGGCAUAGGGUAAGAUGCAAAAAAGAACGCAAAAAGACAAAAGGGAAAACCAAGUCUGCUGUCCCAAUGUUUGCCUCAGCAGCUACUGCAAAGGGAAUCACCAUUUCUAGAAUACGACCUAAAGAAAGUACAGCAUCUGACAGCCAUGCUACACCAAAGUCUACAGAUGGAAAAAGCAGUGAGAGCCAGAGCCUAGUGCCAGGGAAGGCCAAGAACAGGUCCUACUACUGCUCGGAAUGUGGAUUUAGCACGGGGAAAUCAAGAACCUUUCUUUUUCAUCAAGUAGAGGCUCACACUUACAACAUGAGCAUUUUUACCUGUGCUUACUGUGAGUACUGUUCAAGGUUUAAACAGAAAAUAAAGAAACAUGUUCAAAUGGUGCACAAGACAGAUAUUGAUUCUGCAGACAUUGAGACUUUGUAUGAGGCAAAAAGUAAUGUCAAGACCCCUAUGCCUAAAUUGGUAACAAGCAAAUCUCAGGACUCUUUAGAGGGACUCCCAACCAUGGUAAAAGCAGAAAGAAGCAACAGAGUUGCUGCAGUGUCCAAAGGAACCAUAACAAAUUCAGUAGACAUGGAUAUUUAUAUAGAGGAAGUAGUCAGCUCAACUGGUCAUGUUAACUUUAAAUGUAGGAAGUGUGCAUUCAAUAACCCAGACAGAGGCUUUGUACAGAAACAUGUUAACUCUAGUCACUUGAAUGCCAAACAGUUUUCCUGCACCUUGUGUGACUUUAAAACAACAAAGAAAAUUGAGUUUUUUGCCCACAAGGCUGAGCAUGGCAAUGCAGGAGACCAGUCCACGAAGGUCCAGACACAAAACACUGAUGCAAUGGCCAGUGUGCCCAGCCAGCAGUGUGAAAUGGAGUAUUCAACUUACUAUGAAGAAACUGGAGCCUCUGGUGAUGGUGGGUAUGAGCAAGCUUGCCACACAGAACACAGUGAAGGUAUGAGGCAGACUAAAUCUUCAGCCUACCAGUGUUCUGAGUGUGACUACAGUACAGACUUCAAGCCCAAUUAUGAGAGACAUCGCAAUAACCACACCAACUCUUUUGCCAACAAAUGCAAUUUCUGUUCAUUUUCCAGUGAUAAUGAUAGGGCAAUCAUUAGGCACAUGGCAACCAGUCACUCCAGCAUACAUGAGGACAUCACUGUAGUGAUUCCUCAUGCUCCUGAGGAGGAGGAUGAAGCAGCAGUGGAAAUAGACACUACCAGAGGAACAAUUGACCAAUCAAAUCAUGGAGCAAUGGACCAGCCACAGGUAGAGCAGAUGGAGUAUGAAGUGGAUGAUAGUCGAGAAGUGACUCCAAACUCAGUAGGAAGUGACCCAAAAGAACAUGUGGUGGCCAAAUAUAGUUACAAACUUCAAGCACCUGAUGGAACUUAUGCAUGUCCUUGGUGUGGCUUGAAGUAUAAGAGAUCUUGGGACUUGGAUAGACAUAUGAAGUUAAAGCACAAUAAAAGGAUGAGAAAUCAUUUGCUGCAGAUGUUACAAGAGGAGCAGAAUGAUAGUCUGGAAGCAAUGGAGGAUAUGUCCUACCACUCUGAUUCAUCUAACCUAAACAGCAGUGAUUUAUCUAAUCAACAAUCCUUCACAGCAGAGGACCUAAAAUGUCAACAGUGCAGUUUUGUAGGAAAACUGCCAAGUGAUGUUAAGAGGCAUUCUGCAGUCCAUUCUAUGGAGAAGAGGUAUAAAUGCCCAGAGUGCUCCAAGCAAUAUAAAUAUGUUGGAGAUUUAAAUGUUCAUCUUAGACGUGAUCAUAAAAUGGAACCUUCAAAUGUACCUAUCUUGAGAGUUCCUAUGGUGCCCAACAGGAAGUCUUCUCCAGCCAUGUUCAAAUGCCCUUCCUGUUCCUUCGCAUCACCAUGGAAAUCUGAGGUGGACCGUCAUUCAAGAAAGCAUAAAGAUAGCAAGCCUUUUCGUUGUAACUACUGCAAAUAUCAAACUCACUGGAAAGGGGAUAUCAGAAGACAUAUGUUUAAGCAUCAUCCAGCAGUCAUGACUGGUGGUGUCAAAAUUGAGGAGGUCAUUACUAUCCUAGAGAACAAAAUCAAAGAAAAGGGAGGUCGCUCUAGCCAAAUGGAUGUUGAUAGUGAAGAUGGGAAAUACGCAGAGGACUUGUCGGAAAACAAUGACUCCAAUCUUUCAGAUCCGAGCAUGCAGAGUGACAUGUAUGGACAUUUGGAUAACGAUAAUGAAGAAAGUAAUAUCAGCUCUAACACAGAAAAUUCAUUUGGAAAUGAUGGAACAAAUUCAAGAGAAAACUCCAGAAGUGUAUCUCCAUCCCCUUCCAAAGAUACUGUAUUCAAGUGUGAAUACUGUCCUUUUACAACCAAUGCUCCUUCUAAGCUAUCGGCUCAUGUUUCAACUCACACCAAUUUAAAGCAGUACAUGUGUCCUGUAUGUGGAAGGAGGGCAAACUGGAAGUGGGAUAUUCGUAAACACAUAAAGCGGGACCAUCCAGAGAGCAGUCUGGAUGUUGUCAAGAUGAGUGAGCAAGAAGCAGAGGCUACUAUCAAAUCUUAUAUGGACACUAUGCCUGUGGUCAGGAGAGAACACCAUUUAAAUUAUGACCCAACAGCCAAAGAGAGCAAGAAAGAUGCAGAGGCACUGAGUCCCAAGUGGAAAGGAUACAAAUGUGCAGCAUGUGGCUUCAAAUCCAGUAUGCGGUGGACUGUAAGCCGACACAUCAGAACGGUUCACAAUGGCAAGGCUAUUGAUAUUGUUUAUCAUGGAGGUGAUGAAAAAGGCAAGAACAACAAAUCUGAUAACUCUACAGAUUUACCCAGCACUUCAAAUAACAACAGACAAUCAACAGAGAAAAGCGAUAAACCCUACAUGUGUGCUGAGUGUGGAAAGAAAUGUGCCUUCAAAGCAGAUAUAAAAAAGCAUUAUCAUUACAUUCAUCCAUACAUGGAUGUCAAGAUAAUAUAUAUUGAAGGAUCCAGUGGCACAUUGCUGUCUCCUGAGGACCUAAAACCAAAGUCACAGAACAAACUGGUGAAACUGUCCAAAGUGAAUCCUGCUGAGGCACACAAACCAUUCCGCUGUGGAGAGCCUAAUUGUGAGAAAAGAACUAACAGUCAGGGAGACAUGAAAAGGCACUAUAGCUUUAUACACCCUAACAUGGAAGUUAAGAUAUACUACAAAAAUGAAACAACUCGUAGGAAUAUUGAUGAACCUCUGAGUGGAAAGUCUACACCAACUCCUACAAACAAACCACUAGUAUCUGCUAACCCUAAGGUGUUUGGCUAUAUUAAACCAUUCAAAUGCUCUGCUUGUGGCCAUCGGUCAAACUGGAAAUGGGAUUUGAACAAACACAUGAGAAUGAAACAUCCCAACAUGCAUGCCACAGUUAUUACAAUGGAUGAGGAUGAAGCCAAGAGAACUUACCAUGACUACAUGAGACAGCUAGCAGCAGCUAACAAUGCUAACCAAAAUAAAUCAGUAGAAAAACCAAAAACACCAGAGAAGGAGAAAUAUCACAGGGAUAAAAUGCCUUCAAGAAGUGUUUUCAAGCAGUUUAAAUGCUCAGCUUGUCCAUACAGGUCCAACUGGAGAAGUGACCUGGUUCGCCAUAUUAAAAGGAAACAUGGAGUUGUCAGAGCAAAAAUAAUUCUUCUUGGUACUGAAGAGGCCAAAAAAUCACUGACAGAAUAUGAGUAUAAUCCACGAUUCCGUCGAAAUACUAUGAAGACUUUGGAGAAAAAAGAUUCAGGUAGGAUUUGGAAAUGCGCCAGAUGUAAAUUCACCAACAAAGACAAACUUCUGGUCAUUAAGCAUCUGUCGUCCCAUGGAGUAAAGGCUUACAAAUGCAAUGAGUGCCACUAUGCAACAAAUUAUAGGAGCUCAGCUUUCAGGCACAUUAAGGCAAAACAUGGUACAGAAAAUAUGUCAGUAUGUAAAGUUUCUAUAAAGUACAUCAGAGACUUGAAAGCAGAAUGCGAUGUUGCAAGAGAAGAGGACAACAACUCUGAAAAAGUGGAAGAGGAAUCCGAGGAAAGUGACUAUUUGUCCGAUGAUAAGGAGGAUACUAUGAGGUACAUUGAAUCAUUUAGAUGCAAACUUUGCACAUUUCAAGCCAAUUGGAGGUCUUCAGUUUGUCGUCACAUUCGUCAGACUCAUAAAACAAAGGAUUACUCUAACUUGAUAGAUGUUGUUCACAAAUUUUAUCAGUCAGAGGAGAAGAAACGGACAAGCUCCUCUUCCUCUGAUAAAAUGCAGCCACCCAAAGAUGAUCUCUUUAAGCAACCAAGUGACCCUAAGAAACACAAGUGUGGCAUUUGUCCUUACAGGACAAGUAAACCAAAUCUGCUUCAUUUCCACGAGAGUUGUCACAAACCACAACCAGGGAUUCUACAGGAGAAGUGUAAAUUCUGUCCUUAUUAUGUCGUUGCAAAACGUCUGCUACAUCAACAUAUGCGGCUCCAUCUUCAGGACAUGUACCUGAGACAGAAGGAGGCUGCCAACAUGAAGUCCACACCCACCAAGAAAAUGUCAAUGUUUCCACCCCAGUCACCAAGUGGAACACCAAAACGUUACAAGUGUAACAUAUGUCCAUACACAACUAACAGCAAGAAUGAUUUCCUUUACCAUAAACAGUUUCAUCGCCAGAGGUCCACCUCUGAGUUUAAGUGUGAUUACUGUGACUAUUGGGUAACACACAAGAGGCUGAUUAACCAACAUAUGAGGAUGCAUGAGGCAGCUGGGCAUUCUCCGGGAAAUGCAAGCCCUGUGUCAUCCUCACCUUGCAAGUCUGACAUAACAGAAUCGAGUGCCAUACAAGACACAGUCACAUUAGCCAUGUACAAGCAGCGCAUGAUCUCAUCUAAGAUUACUCCCAGUAUUUCACAAAAGCCAGCCAUGUCACCAAUGAAAAUUGCAUGUUCUGUUGGUAAUAGGCCUGGGUAUGCUCUGAAAAAUGGUGUAUAUAGGAAGAUGCACACAUGUGACAAGUGUCCCUACAUGAAUCUACGUUUGCGAAACCUUCGUCUUCAUCAACUCAUGCAUGGAUUUAGGAAGUCCAAAAACCUUUUGCUAAAGUGCCCUCAUUGUGAUUACUAUGUGGGAUCCAAAGGUCUUCUAUCACACCACCUUAAGGUACAUCAGCCAAGCUACAGAGCAGACACAUCUAUGGACCUUUCACUGGAGCUGGAGAAUGGAGAGGAGAGUGCCCCUGUAAUGGAGGAAAUGGAAGAGUCCAGUUCAGAUGUGGGAGACAUUUCGUAUGACAAUAAAGUGGACACGCUUUACGAAAUUGCAAGAUGGAAAAAGUACAGUUGUGAGAAAUGUCCAUAUGCCAGUGCAAAAAAGUCUCACUAUGAGCGCCAUGUUGCUCUGCAUGGCAGUAAGCAGAGAUGCCAGUGUCUGUACUGUGACUAUAGUGUACCCUCAAACAACCUUUUGAAUCAACACCAGAAGCUUCAUAUGACCCCUAACCAGAAUCUUCUGGCUGUGCAAUCCCUCUCUAACCUCCAAAUGUUGUCUGAGGUUCCAGCAGAUGUUGCUUUAUCUAGUGCCCUGCCUCCCUUGGACAAGAAAGGAACCUUCUCUGUUAGCGUUACACAUGAUCACAUGGACAUGUAUGAAAACUCACCUGAGCUAGACAUAGAGCCAAAGAAAUUGUACCGAUGUGACAGAUGCCCUUAUGCCAAUGUCAGACGAGACCAUCUUCUAGCUCAUUUAAAAUUUCAUAUGAUCAAGAGUGAACUUGCCUGUCCAUAUUGUGAUUACUCUGUGUCCAAACAACAUCUACUUACACAACACAUUGGGGUUCAUUUUUGCCCUUUGCCAGAGCUCUCAAGCUGGCUGGCACAGAAUGGUGAGAUUGACCGAGUCAAACAAACCAAAAAUCCGGAUCUCUCCGAAGCAUUAUUUGUGGCAGAACUCUAUCGUGCUGAUGGCUGUGGGAAGGCAAACUUGGAGGAUACUGGCAGUGAGGAUAAUGAGAAAACUUCAGAGGCAAUCAAAGGUGAGAAAGAAACAGAUAAUUCAAUUGAGGAAAAUGGUUCUGCAUCUAUUGAAGAAAACACUACGAAGUUUGCUACAAAUGAGAGCAGUAUUGAAAAUGUUGACAAGAAACCUACAGAGCCUGAUCAGAUGGAUGACAACAAGACAGAAAAUACUAAAGAGAUGGCUAAUGUGACAGAGAAUGAACCAGAGACAAUUCAGCUGGAGGAGAGACCUGAGAUGUCCCAGACUGAACCAGAGACAGCCAAGACUGAAAUGGAGAAUUACGAGUACAUCUGCCAAUACUGUGAAAGAGAGUUUUCAACAUCUGAUAUCCUUGUUAAACAUGAAAUGCAACACUUAGUGGGAAACAACUAUGAGGAAUACAUGACACAAGUUCAAAUGUUGGCAGAACUCAGUGAUGCAGAAGAAGAAGAUCUUCUUGGAGAAGAGAUGUCAGAUGUGGAGAUGAUGGAAGACCAGGAGGAGGAUGAAGGGGCAGACAGUGUGAUGGAUGAUGGACAUGAAGAAGUUGAUGAUGAGGUAUCCUUCAAGAAAGACUCCACUUUGGAUAGUAUAGACGACAUUUAUGAUGAUGCUGAUAUGAAAGAAGAGGAAAAAAGCAAUGAAGAGGAAGAAGAAGAGAUGGUGGGUGAAAAAACUGAAGACAUAAAUGAAGAGGAGAAAGAAGACAGUGGACAGGGUGGAGAAUUAUAGUGGUGGAUGAUGUAUUAGUGGCUGAAGGUACAAGAGCAUCAAGUUCUAUCUGUCCCUGAACAAUGAGUUGUAAAUGAACUCUGUAAUUGUUAACUGUACGUAGAGGAAUGGAAAAGAAGUGAAAUUCUGUUGUAUUAAAAAAAAUGUUUUAUUUAAAAAUGUAAAACUUAAAACAUUUGAACAAAAAAAAAAUGUAAUAAUUAAAAUGACUGUGUUUAAAUGCAAUAUAUUCUUUGCCAGCACCUGGUGCUUGUUAUACAAUAUUUACAUUUGAAAAUAUCUGUAUAUAAAUUAAUGAGGAUGUACUUUGUAAGUACAAGUAUUUUUAUUUUGUGAGUGAUUUGCUUCCAGCAAUUCCAAUGUGAAGAUGUGAUCAAAUAUUUGUAUGCUAUAUUUAUUUAGUCGUGAUUUUUUUUGUCUUACCACAAGUAAAUACUGCUUCAUAUUGUAUGUUAAUCAAGAGUUCUUUCUUAGAUUCAUAUUAAGUAGCCUUAAAGUUUGAUGCAGUGUAAUGAAAAGUAAGAUUUUCUCUGGCAAAAAUGUGAAGACCUUGUAAAAAUUUUUUUUAACCCAAUCAAAAUCAAUUUUACAGUCCAGAACAUUACUUUUCCUAAUUUUCAAUGAUUGAAUGUGACUGUAAAAUAAAAUGUACACUUUUUUUGAAAAUGAACAAAUGGAACUUUAUUAAAGUAAGUUAUAAAGAGGAUAAAAAAUGAUUCGAACAACGUGUUCCUAAAUAUGAAAGUGCAUGGUCAUUGAUUCAUAAAGAGAUUGAUACAUGUAAUGAUAUUUAACACACAGCAUGGAAUCUACCUGGGCUGGGUUUCAGAUAAAAAAAGAAGUACAGUUGUUAUAGCUUAUUUGUUUCUUUUACAAGGACUGAUACUUUUUUUUUUAAAUAAGUAUUAUGCAUUCAUUUGUAAUCAGUGUUUUUUUUUUUUUUUAAUUUUUUUUAUGAAAAUUAUGCAGUGAAUAUUUGAGUUGUCUUUCUUACUAUAUUUUUCAUAUGAUGGAUUUUUUUGUGCAU